AUGGGCCGCCCAUCGCUACUACUGCUCUGUCUUUUCUCAGUGUCUUGUUUGGCAGAGGACAAUAGUCACGUGAGUCCCCUCGGCCCGCCAGUGGUCCCGAUCAGAUCAGACGGUGCCUGCAGGUUCUUCCCGUCUACAAAUUCGGAAUUCUCGCCGGCGAACCGACGAGUUUGAACGGAUCGACGCAGGCGCAAGUGGCGAGUUUCGACGAGUGCGUCGACAAGUGCUCCGACGACUCCGAGUGCAUUGUGGCGAGUCGCGACGACGGUCCCUGCUACCUGUUCAAGUACGACACGAUCACGGGCGUGCGCAAGAACGAGUCCGGCGGACAGGGACUCGUCGCCUUCCGGGUAAGCGCCCAAACUUACCCAUUCUUUCUUUUUCGUCUUCUGACGCCUAUAUCUCAACUACCAAUAACUAUUCAAACAAGUGAUUAACUGGAAAGUUGUUGCAAAUUUCAUGCUCUACAACUUUGUACUUGACGACAUUUCUUCAAACGGCUUCAUUCUCGAGUUAUACUCGUUUUUCCUACAGGUCUACACGGAUCAACCCUCAUGCGACCUCAACUUGCCACUCUUGCUCAACGGCAAAACGUACCCACUCAAUGCGAACAACACAAAGGAAAAUUUGUGGAGGAUUGACACGUCGGAAGAUGGAUGGACCAUCACUUACAGUAAUCUUGAACUCUUUUUUUCUCUCUGUCUCCCAAAACCCCUUUGUUUUGAGUUCACGAGCUCGAAGGUGACAAUCUGAUCUGCGGAAACUGGACGUACAACCGUCCGUACGCGGAUGGCUGCAACCCCGAAUGCCUAUUAACCAUGACAGCCGUGUACGGAGAGCCCGGACCGCUCGCCCGUUCGACCCACGACUUUGGCGUGAAGUCGGAUUGGAACGCGUGCAUGGCGGCGUGCCACACAGAACUCUACUGUAUCACAGUGUACUGGAACGAGAACGAGAAGAGCUGCACGUAUCACACCAUCUACGAGCAGCCGUACUUUGUGAAUAAGACGAGUGCGGAGGAUGGCAAGCACGCGGCGAUCAAAAUGAAUUUGAAUAGUCAGACGUGCAAAUUGAGCACCGAUCAGUUGCUGAACGGCACUUAUUUUGUGAGUUUUGUGAGCUACACACGUUGAGUUUUAAAGAAAAACGUAUAGAUGGCGAAGCAAGACGUCGUCAAAAUGAUGUUCGACAAAGCGGCGGCGCGUGUCAAUUCGGACACGCCCACCUCACCGUUCAUGCCUUUCUGGCGUGUUCGCACCACCGAAAACUACUAUUUGCUCGACUUUUUGAGUGAGUUUUUUUUUGCCGUCCGGUCACCUCAACGCGACAAUGUUCAGUGAACGAGACGGUCGAAAACACGCUCGGCGGCAACGGAUGUUCGGCCUACUGGGAAACGGCGGAUUUCGAUCACACUCAAGUGGUGCCGAAGCAAUUUGUGUGCUAUCAACCGUUCAAACUUGCGGGCGUCACGCAGCCAGACGCCAAACGGCUGUGCGGUCUGAUGAACGGCCGCCUCAUGGUCGAAACGUACAGCAACUGGAUGAGCGACUACGACGGCUUCUUUCGAUGGACCAAUCCGGGACUGUCGGUGAGCUGGGGCCUCGGAUGCUCCAAUUGCGACGUGUGGUUCGGUUUGGAGAGGGACGAGGAGUGUGUGGGCGCGGAUCAGACGACGAGUUACUGUAAGGGAAAUCAACAGUGGCAGUGGAGCAAUCCGUCGUGGCCCGUCAUGUGGACCACAAAGACCGUCGGUCCGUUGCCCGUCGAUUGGAAGUGGGCGGUUGGCGAGCCACAAUUGGCCGAUGACAAGUUUUUGAAAAAAAAAUUGUUGAACAACCCCCACGCCUCGUUUCAGAUUGUGCGCCUAUUUCAAAAUCGCCGGCGGAUACGCGAGCAAUGCGACGUUCUACACAACACAGUUUGUCACUUUUUUUGGGUGAAGACGAUAAUACUAGUAUUUAUAUAGAUGCGACAGUACACAAAUGGGAGGAUUCGUGUGCGCGCAGGAGACACAACAAGUACAGGGCGUGCCAAAGUACGAUGACGUGGCACGGUCCUACGGAUACAUUUGA